CCACCAUGUCCAGACCUCUGUGCUCGCUGGUUCUCACCCCGCAAAAAGUCCCGGACUUCUUUGUCCCGCCUCGUGGCCGACGUUUGGGUCUGACCAGUCCAGACCGUCAGCCCACACCCGAGGUUUCACUUCGCCUGCCUCGGGUUCUUCUUUCUGACCGGGACACCGAGGACUCUAAAGACCGCUUGGACUAUGACACGGACGUCACCACGCGUGCCGCCAUGUCGCUGAUUCACGUGGACAAGGUCGCCACCCCCUACGGCUUCUGCGCCGUGCUGGCCGCCAGUCCCUGCACACGCCGCCGUGAGUCCCUCUUCCACCGCAACGCCAGGACUGUGGUCCAACCGGGUCCUGCUGGAGUCCCAAGCACAUCUGGAAGGUCACCUGCAGUCCGAAGCACACCUGGAAGGUCACCUGCAGUCCGAAGCGCACCUGGAGGGUCACCUGCAGUCCGAAGCGCACCUGGAGGGUCACCUUGAGUCCGAAGCACGACCACACAGACGGAACGAUGUCAGCAACUUUUUAUUUCAAUA